GUUGACAACAAUUAAUUCUUUUCCAACGUCUCUCAUUUUUCAUUCUCUCACCUAAAAUUUUACUCGAAUGAACUUCAAAUUUCCUACUCUACUCUACUCCAGACAAUUCUGCUUCAGUUUAACUUGUUUAGCUCUCUUUACUUGUUUUCCCUCUCAUAAUCACCUCCUCUAUUUCUCCCUUAUUCAUGUCUAUCUAUUUAUUGAAAAGCCAAAUACUUUUUUCAAUCUGAUUGCUUUCUCUGUGUAACCAACAUUUUCAGCCUUUCUAAGCUGCUUUUUAGCUCAAGUUCUUAUCUUUUCUUCAUACCCCACUUUACAUUCAACAAAUAUUCCCCAAAAUUUUGCAAAUAAUGAAAUGGGUAUUCUUCAAUUUGAGUUUUCAAGCUGUUUUUUGAAAUACCCAUCUCCAUUUUAGGGUUUUUUGAACUUAAUUAACCCCAAAAAAAACACCUUACUUUCAUCUUUAGAUCUUUUGUUUUCAGGGUUUUAUGUAAUUGAUUGUUUAAACUCCUAAUUAAAGACAAAAUGGCAUAUUUCAAGCAAAAUACAGGGUUUUUUUCUGUUAUUUUUGGUUUGUUUUGGUUGAUUUCAAUGGUAAUAACAGUGAAUGGAAUAGGUGCUAAUUGGGGCACACAAUGUUCACACCCUUUACCACCAGAUGUGGUGGUGAGAAUGUUGAGGGAAAAUGGAAUUCAAAAAGUGAAGCUUUUUGAUGCAGAUUAUAGCACACUAAAUGCUCUUGGUAAAACUGGGAUUGAAGUUAUGGUUGGAAUUCCUAAUGACAUGCUUUCAACUCUUGCUUCAAGUGGUAAAGCUGCUGAUAAAUGGGUGUCAGAGAAUGUGACUGAACAUGUCAAGAAAAGCAAAGUCAAUAUUAGGUAUGUUGCGGUUGGGAAUGAGCCAUUUUUAGCAACUUACAAUGGAAGUUUUUUAAAAACUACCUUUCCUGCCCUUCAAAACAUUCAAAAUGCCUUAGUAAAGGCGCGCCUUAAUAACCAAGUGAAGGUUACAGUUCCCAGCAACGCUGAUGUGUAUGCAAGUCCUAGCAGCAUGCCCUCUGGUGGUGAUUUUCGAGAUGAUAUCCAUGGUUACAUGGUUCAAAUUGUCAAGUUCUUAAGUGACAACGGUGCACCAUUCACUGUGAACAUUUACCCUUUCAUAAGUCUUUACAUUGACUCCAACUUCCCGGUGGAGUAUGCCUUCUUCGAUGGCAAUGCAACCCCACUUAAUGAUGGUGGUACUAGCUAUUACAACAUGUUUGAUGCUAACUAUGACACCCUUGUCUGGGCUUUGCAAAAGAAUGGGUUUGGUAACAUGCCCAUUAUAGUCGGAGAAAUAGGUUGGCCAACCGAUGGAGACAUCAAUGCUAACGUCAAAUAUGCCCAAAGAUUCAACCAAGGUUUCAUGACUCGCACUGCAAAUGGAAAAGGGUCACCAAUGAGGCCUGGACCCAUCGAUGCAUACUUGUUUAGUUUAAUAGAUGAGGAUCAAAAGAGCAUUCAGCCGGGAAACUUUGAACGCCAUUGGGGAAUAUUCACUUUUGAUGGGCAGCCUAAGUACCAACUCAACCUAGGUACUACAAAUUUGGGAUCAUUGGUUAGGGCAAAAGGUCUAACAUAUGAAGAACGUCAGUGGUGUGUGUUGAAACCAUCUGUAAAGCUUGAUGACUCUAGGCUUGCUCCUAGUGUAAGUUACGCUUGUGCACGAGCUGAUUGUACUAGCCUUGGAUAUGGAAGCACUUGUGGCGACUUGGAUGCUCGAGGGAACAUAUCUUAUGCUUACAAUAGUUAUUACCAGAUUAAUGAUCAGGAUGAUGAAGCAUGCAAGUUUGAGGGCCUAGGAGCUAUCACUAAAUCAGAUCCAUCCCGAGAUACUUGCAGAUUUCCAGUCAUGAUUGAGCCCUCAGAUAAUGGGUCAGAGCUAAUGUUUCCUGUUUCCGGAAUACGAUCAUGUUUUUUCAGUAUCAGCAUUCUCUUUCUGACAAUGUUUUGGCUCUGAGACUUCAGUUGCGGGUGCUUUUGAAGCGGAAAAUCUGGAAAAAAAAAAUUCAGAAUAUUUCCUGAUGUUUCAUUAUGUAAUACAGUUAAGGUAGGCUGUCAAUUAUGUAAUAUUGGGGGGAAAAGCAGGGUAGGUUUCCAUAUUCCAUUGGUUUGAUGAACAUCUUUAUUGAAAUCUAGGCAGCAUAAUUUUUUCUCACAUUUGCCAAAAUUUUUCCUGAGUGCAGUCUUUUUUCUUAUGUCUGUAUUUACCACCCCAUUUCUUGACUCCCAUUCUUUUUUAGGCAAGUGCAAAGUGUAAACUGUAAAGUCUGAGAUUCAAAAUACUGACCAUUAUUGUUUUUAUUUUUAUGGUUGUGCUGUGGAAUAUGCUAAA